AUUCCAGUCCACACGAGCUAGCUAGCUAGGACACCCGCGCCCCCGUCCGCGCGCCGCGCCGAUAUCGAUGGCCGGCAGUACCACUACCACCGCCGUGUGCUCCAUGUGCGGCGAUGUCGGGUUCCCCGACAAGCUCUUCCGCUGCGCGCGCUGCCGCCGCCGCUUCCAGCACUCCUACUGCACCAACUACUACGGCGACGCGGCCCCGGCCCAGGCGGGCGCCGGCGUGUGCGACUGGUGCCUCCGCGACGACGUCGGCGGCGGGACGAAGAAGCGGCAGCACUCUUCGGCGUCGGCGGCGGCAUGCGGCGGCAAGCAGCCGCACCGGCAGGCGGAAGAAGAAGAAGAAGAAGAAGCAGCAGCAGCAGGCUGGAGGAGGAGCGCGCAGCAUCAGCCAGCGUCGUCGUCGUCGUUCCCGCCCAGCGGCGGGUGCAGCAAGGUCACCGGCGGCAGCGAGCACGCCGAGGGCGGCCGGAGGCCCCGCCGGUACAAGCUCCUCAAGGACGUGCUGUGCUAGCGAGCCGCCGGCUAGCUAGCUAGCCAGCCGCCAGCCAGCCAGGUGCUCGUACGUCGUCCUCGUCGUACUAUGUAUGUACAAAACAAUGCUUGCUAAUUAGUAGUAUAGUGUUUAGUUAUUAUGCAUGCAUGCAUGUGCACAAUAAUUAAGUACCGCCAGCUGCCCUUGUCGAGC